AUGACGUCACUCUAUGACAUAGGCCCUGAGGAUCGCCGCUCUCUCGACAAGUCUAAUUUAUAUCACUGGAUUAUCAUUCGCAAGCCAUUGAACAAUCAGUCCACGGGUGGAAUCAAAUGGGGUCUUAUGAAAGACCGGGAAUCCAUAUGCGAGCCGUGGCCCAGCACCACUGACGUAUUGAACAAGGCCGCUUUACCUUGGGGGUUCUUUAAACUUGACCUGUCCAGAGCUUCCAAGAAUUCAAUCCAUUCGCCACUUAAAUUUCGAGCCAACUACGCGGUAUCUCACGUUACUAUUAUCAUCUUCCUUUGCCCAAUAUACCUCGUCUACCGUCCUAUUAUCCUCUAUAUCAGACUCGCACCUUUUAUAUCCAUUCGAUCAUUUAAACUAUACCACAACGAUCCAACCAUGGAGACUGUCAACAGAUACAUCAACGCUGCUUCAAAUGUGAUUUGGGGCGAGAAUGGCUCCCCUCACGCCCAACAGCACGGCGAAGAGCCCGUCUCCGGUGUGCAGGGCAAAGGACAGGCCACAGAUCCCUAUGAUGGCGGCAACCGCGAUGAACAACCCGGCGCAAUCCAAUCGGACAUCAACACGGCACCUCUGGGGCCCAUGAUAAAGAGCAGGCAUGCAAAGUCCCAAGGAACCGAGAUAACUAGCAUCACUACACCCCGCCCCCCCACAUCUAUCAGUGCCUGCACCAGCGUCACCCCCGCUCUGGACAUCUCCGGUGAGCUUACCACAGCUAGCGAAAGCAAAGAAAACAAGCCUAUCUCUAGCGGCUCUACAGGAGCCAGCGGAAGCAAUGACGACAACACCUCCAAACAAGAACAGCGCAGCACCUCGCAAGCUGAAGGUGGUGAGAGCAGCGAAGCUCCCCGCCUAGCACGUCCUCAAGACGUGAGCAAAGAGGCGCUCCAGGGCCCGCAGGGUCCUCCGCCGAGGGCUGCUGAGAACUUUGAGAAGGAUUAUAGAGCCGAGAAGUUUGCAGGUAGGGAUGAGGAUAUUGAGAACGGUUCUCCAAAUGAAUCUAGCGGGAAGAGCAGCGGGUUGCCUUCUAGCAACAGGUCUGAGCCUUCUUCUCUUGGUAGUGAGAAGAGCGGGGGGAUCUCGAAGGUGAAGGAGAGCGUCAAGAGACAUCUCCACCACUCGAGCAAAUAA